CUUUUUAUGUCUAUGAGCCUGCAGUGCACUGGGGGAACUGGUCUCACUGAGGUGAAAGCAGGAACUACACUCCCGCCUGCAAUCAGCCAGCUGCUAACUGCACUAACUGAUCUGCAGCUUCUAGGACACAUUUUGAGGCUCUUUCUCUGAUUUACACAACUAUACGGACAUUUUUACCCGCGACUCGGACCCCUUUUGCCCACACACUGGUUUCUUCUUCCUCACAUCUCGAGUCGAGCGGAUUUACAAACAUCCGGAACCGACUGGGCAAUGGCCUUCGUAGGGAGUGCAGUUCGGCGGUUGGUGUCUUCAGUGCGGCCUCCUCUCUCUCCCUUGUGGCGGACAAGCGCUCGGUCCUACAGCUCAGAACACACCAAGGAAAAAAGUGUCCCCUACGAGAAGACACUCAAACAGGAUGAUGGAGCCUCAUCUGGGCCAACUAAACCUUUACCCAGGUCAGCGGAUGUGGUGGUGAUUGGAGGAGGCAGUCUGGGCUGUCAGACCAUCUACCACCUGGCUAAAAUGGGGUUGACCAACGUAGUUCUGCUGGAGAGAGACAGACUGACUGCUGGCACCACCUGGCACACGGCAGGCCUGCUGUGGCAGCUCCGUCCCAGCGAUGUUGAGGUUGAGCUCUUAGCUCACACCAGGAAUGUGAUCAGCAAAGACCUGGAAGAAGAAACAGGUCUCCACACAGGCUGGAUCCAGAAUGGAGGACUCUUUAUUGCCUCCAACAAGCAAAGACUUGACGAGUAUAAGCGCCUCAUGUCGCUGGGUAAAGUUUAUGGUAUCGAGUCCCAUGUCCUGUCACCUGCGGAGACCAAGGACUUGUAUCCUCUGAUGAAUGUUGACGAUCUGUAUGGAACUCUGUACGUACCAAAAGACGGCACCAUGGACCCAGCAGGCACCUGUACAACCCUUAGCAGAGCUGCCUCCGCCAGGGGAGCCACGGUGAUUGAGAACUGCCCGGUGACUGGUAUUCAAGUGCGGACGGAUGAUCUCGGGGUCAAGAAGGUGAAGGCAGUGGAGACGCCCCAUGGGACCAUCGAGACACCUUGUGUGGUGAACUGUGCAGGUGUGUGGGCCACGAAGCUGGGGGAAAUGGCCGGAGUCAAGGUGCCUCUCAUUGCGAUGCAUCAUGCCUACGUGGUGACAGAGAGAAUUGAAGGCAUACAGAACAUGCCAAAUGUCAGGGACCAUGAUGCAUCAGUCUACCUCCGCCUCCAAGGUGAUGCCUUGUCUGUGGGUGGCUAUGAACAGAACCCUAUCUUCUGGGAUGAGGUCUCUGAUAAGUUUGCCUUCAGCCUGUUUGACUUGGACUGGGAUGUGUUCAUGCAACAUAUCGAGGGUGCAAUCAACAGAGUUCCUGUUCUGGAGCAGACUGGCAUCAAGUCCACAGUUUGUGGACCAGAAUCAUUCACAGCAGACCAUAAGCCGCUGAUGGGAGAAGCUCCAGAGGUCAGAGGUUACUUCUUGGGCUGUGGCUUCAACAGUGCCGGUAUGAUGCUGGGAGGUGGUUGCGGUAGAGAGCUGGCUCACUGGAUCAUACAUGGCCGCCCUGAAAAGGAUAUGUACGGAUACGACAUCAGGCGCUUCCAUAACUCACUGACAGACAACCAACGCUGGAUCAGAGAGAGGAGCCACGAGUCGUACGCUAAAAACUACUCUGUGGUGUUCCCCUUUGAUGAGCCGCUGGCCAGCCGAAACAUGAGGAAGGACCCUUUCCAUCAGGUGCUGACGGAGCAGGGCUGUGUGUUCCAGGAGAGACAUGGCUGGGAGAGACCUGGCUGGUUCAACACAGGCGGGCCCGCUCCUGUUAAAGACUAUGAUUACUAUGGGGCCUAUGACAUUAAGAAGAAUGUCAACUACAAAUACAACGACCUGCUGGGCAAAGAAUACACUUUUGACUUCCCUCCACAUCAUGAAGUGAUUAAGAGUGAGUGCCUCUCAUGUAGACACGGUGUGGCUGUGUUUGACAUGUCCUACUUUGGAAAGUUCUAUCUCACUGGACCAGAUGCCAAGAAGGCGGCUGAUUGGCUGUUCACUGCUGAUGUCAACAAGAAGCCAGGGUCCACUGUGUAUACCUGCAUGCUGAAUAAGAGAGGAGGGGCGGAGGCUGACCUGACAGUGAGCAGGCUGGAGUCUGGUGCUGCCAACCUUCCACUGGCACCAGAAUCUAAUGGUGAUGCGUACUACCUGGCCAUUGGAGGUGGUGUAGCAGAGCACAACUGGAACCACAUUAGAACAACUCUUCAGGACCAAGGCUUCCGCUGCCAGCUGACAGACCACUCUGAGGAUAUGGGGAUGAUCAGCAUCCAGGGACCCAAGAGUCGAGAGGUACUUCAGGAGGUGUUGGACACAGACUUGAGCAAUGAAGCUUUCCCUUUCUCUACCCACAAAGUUGUUAAUGCAGCAGGGCAUCAGGUGCGAGCUAUGCGUCUGUCAUUCGUUGGAGAGCUCGGCUGGGAGCUGCACAUUCCCAAAGACUCUUGCCUUCCAGUCUACAAUGCCGUCAUGGCCGCUGGUGCAAAGCAUGGCAUCAUCAAUUCAGGAUAUAGGGCCAUCGACUCGCUCAGCAUAGAGAAAGGGUACAGGCAUUGGCACGCCGACCUUCGCCCAGACGACACACCCUUGGAGGCGGGGCUAGCCUUCACCUGCAAAAUGAAGAGUUCAAUCCCGUUCCAGGGCCGGGAUAGGCUGGAGAAACAGAAGCAGGACGGUCUGAGGAGGCGCAUCGUCUGCUUCACCAUAGAUGAGAAAGUACCAAUGUUUGGUCUGGAGGCUGUCUUCCGUAAUGGUGUUCCUGUUGGUCACCUGCGGCGUUCUGACUAUGGCUUCUUCAUCGACAAAACUAUUGGUUAUGGAUAUAUCCGCAACCCUGAUGGUGGAGUGGUGAGUGCUGAUUUCAUAAAGAGUGGUGAGUUUACCCUGGAGAGGAUGGGAGUGACGUACAAGGCCAAGGCGCACCUCAAAUCUCCAUUUGACCCUGAGAAUAAACGCGUCAAGGGCAUCUAUGCUUGAGAAGGACCACACUCGUGUAAACACUGAAGCAAACACACACUUCUGGUUGAUGAACGAAGCAGAGAGAGGCGCAACUGACUUUUUACAUACAGGUGUUUAAAUCUUUACCUCUCUGUCUCAAAUGUUGAUUAUUUUAUUCAGAUUAUAUCUGUGAUUUGAUGGAACUUGAACACACGUGAUGGAACUUGUACUCAUUUAAAAAUUUGGUGUUUUAUGGAUGGUGGAAAAUCUGUAUCAAGAAUAUCAGAAAGCUGCUGAUAUGAUGAAUCUGGUUUGAAUGUUUUGUUGUUGAAGGUGUUUCAUGUCCUCAGCAACACGUUUAGAGAUAAAUAAACUCCUGUGAAUGCUCUCAUGUGAGGAGUAUUACUGUGAAGAUUACAGAUGACGUGUCAAAAUCGUCUUAUCUCCAGUAAUCAAAGAAUUUAAACCAGUACACCUGGGUAAACUGAAAACGAUUCAGUUGUGACCCAGCUAACCUUGAGUAAGCCUGCAGCUUUACAGGAUCGAUCUAAAGGGCUCAAAUAACAGCACAUGAUCAAUUUUAAGACAGUUUAGAGAGAGAAACCAAUCAAAACAAGCCAAUUCAAAAUGGGGGCAUUAAUGUGUAACUAAUCCAUGUCUGUUUUCAAAUGCUAUGAUUUUUAGGCCUCCACUGAAAACACUAGUUAACUCAGACAUCUUAUAGUAGUCUGUCUUUGUGAAGAACAAUAAGCUAAUAUUCAUUAUUAUAGGUGUGACGGUAAUGUUGUGUAUGAAACACAGGCAGAUGUUGCUGUUGUGCUUAACUUUUUUUAGCCCAAUUAUCAGUACUCUGGUACAGUCACGUAUGCAUGUGUGUGUGUGUUUUUACUCAAAGUAAAUACCAUAAAUUCCCAAUUAGUAGCCAGAGCCUUUAUGUAGCUGAAGAGAAAACUAGACCUUUAUUAGAAACAGGCCACUAUUAGAGUCAGACCGUUCACUCUAAUUUUGUCCUUAUACUGCAGUGAAUUUCUAAUUUAUCCUAAUGAGGAAAUGAGGACAAUAUCUAUGAGUGGUAUCCUACGAGAUAUUACAGUAUUGUAUUAGAGAAUGCAAGUACUCUCAAACUAUAAACCAUCUUCCCUAGCUUGAGGCAGUUUGAGUCAGAUUACAAUGACUGAUGUUUGUGCUGAUAACAACGACUAAAAUCAGAGUUUUACUUGCUAGAGUGGUAGCGAGUGUUUAUAGGAGCUGGGGAAAAAAGGGGGGAAAAAACACCCUGAAGCGUAGUUUACCAGCCAGGAACAAAACACUGCUGAAGAAGAAUGACAGAAACAGACAACAGUUAUCAGCAGCUGUUACAGAUAGAACCCGUUUGUUUUCUGAUCCGUCCUACUCUCCAGGGUUGUAUUUUUAACAGAUACAUUGUUCUCUAAAAGGGUUACCAUUUCAUACAUUCUUAAGAGCUCCCAUUUCUUGUUUUGAUGAUAAAUCAAACUCACUUAUUAUAUUUUUUUGCAUCUACUUCACAGUAGAGCCCUCCCAGCUGUAUUCGCUUCACAUUUACUGUGAAGCAUCUGUGGGACACUUUGAGCAACAACACAUUAAAAACCGCCUUUGCUUCAUUAAUUACCACUUUCAUUUCUACAGUUGAGCUCAGUGUAGCGGUGUAGUGAGUGUUGUAGAACUCAUCUAAUCAAUGCUGUGGAAAAUUAAAAAUGUGAAUUAUACUGAAUUGUCUACCCGAGUCCGUAUAGAUUUUUUCAGGACGAGCCUUAAUUUGAGAGUAUAUACAUUGAGAGUUUAUGAUGCUUAUUCGUGUAUGCGCUUUGUGUGUGUGUAUAUACAUAAAAACUAAAAGGGCUAACAUGUUUUCUAGCAACAUGUUUCUGUGUUGACAACUCAUGGUUGUUUGAAUGAAAAUGUCUUACUCACUUUAAAUUUUUUGCAGUUAAAACUGACUUAAACAGCGGAGGAUAUAUCAGUAGUUGAGCACCUUGAGAACUGAUUCAUUUCUGUAGUGCAGGUGUUGGUAUGUACAGUAAUUUAAGAUGUUUAGUUAAUCCUUUGUUUACAUGAAUGAAAAACUACAAAAUGUAGUUUUUGUCUUUCCACACUUAUACAAUUUGGCAAUAAAUUCUAUUUUCCAAGUGUGUUUACACUCACUUAAACUAUUAAAGUUUAGGCCAAACGGAAACUAAAGUUGAUCUCACGCACACUCUUUGAGAAUAGAAGUGUGUUCAAGUAGAAGCAGGCAUUUAUAUGUAUAGCUACUACCUGCCUCUGCUGAUGUGUGUUGCUGCACGUUCAGCACAACAUGUUUACUAAUGUGGACUGAUUCAUUGAUUCUACCCAGAAAGCCAUUAAUCAUUGAAAUGGUUGUUCUCAGGAGUAGCUUAGGUUAAUAACAAGACUUAGGCAGGAAAUGUGAAGCAGACUUAUAACACACUAUCACUAAUGGUCCUCUACCACAAUGUGUCCAGAGGCUGUUUUUUUUUCUAAUAGAGUUUAUCUAAUUUCUCUUAAAAAUCUUGAUGAUAGAGAGCAGAUGAAGAUGAUUUUUAAUUGUGAAAAAUUAUUUCACAAUGCUUAAAAAUGUGCGUCUCCAUGUUUUGUUUGGACAAUGCAUUUAUUAAUAUAUACUGUCUUAAAAGAUUUUGACCAGUACAAAGAACAAAAGUGAUCAGUUGAAGGAUAUGUGAAGUCAGACUCAUUUAUUCUGUCCAAAGCAAUUUGUGUUUUAAUAAAUAUCUUUUUAACUGCC